CUUCUAGUCUCCUGCUCGACUGGAUGAUGGACACAUGGAGACACUAGGAGAAACUGAACUCUGUUUUCCACACCUCUUUAAUGCUUCUUGCAAAAAGAUAAUGCGUCCUCACAUUGAAAACAUGUUUAUUUACAUUGUGCUGUCCUCUAUCUCUCUUCUUACUACAGCUCUCAACCUGCUGGUUAUCAUCUCUAUCCACCACUACAGGCAGCUUCAAACCCCCACCAACCUCCUCCUCCUCUCUCUGGCUGUCUCUGAUUUCUUCGUGGGUCUGCUCAUUUCCUUUCAGAUUAUCCUCAUGGAUGGAUGCUGGUAUCUUAGUGAUCUCAUGUGCACUGUGUAUUAUGUUUUAGAUUGCAUUAUUACAUCUGCUUCUAUAGGAACAAUGGUUCUCAUAUCAGUUGACCGUUAUAUGGCCAUAUGUGACCCUCUGCAUUAUUCAACUAAAGUCAGUCCAAAAAGAGUUAAACUAUGUGUUUGUGUGUGUUGGUUUCUUUCUGCACUUUGUCACACUCUGUUGUUGAAGGAUAAUCUGGCAGAACCUGGCCGGUAUAACUCCUGCAUUGGAGAGUGUGUAGUUGUUAUUAAUUAUGUUGCAGGACUUGUUGAUCUUAUUUUGUCUUUUCUUGGUCCUUUUACUGUUAUUAUUUUUUUGUACGUGAGGGUAUUUGUGGUGGCUGUGACUCAGGCCCGUGCCAUGCGAUCACACGUUACAUCUGUCAAAGUCCAGGGUUCAUUGACUGUAAAUGUUAAAAAAUCUGAGCUGAAAGCAGCCAGGACUCUGGGUGUUGUUGUACUUGUGUUUCUAAUAUGUGUCUGUCCAUAUUUCUUUGUUGUCAUUACAGGCCAGGACACCUUACUCAGUGCCUCAUCUGCAGCUUUUGUGAUAUGUCUUUUCUAUUUUAACUCCUGUCUAAACCCUGUGAUCUAUGCCUGUUUUUACCCCUGGUUUAGAAAAUGUCUGAGACUCAUUUUUACACUUCAGAUUCUGCAGCCUGGCUCCAGUCAGAUCAGUAUACUGUAG